UUGAUAAAUGUAGCGAAUAGCUCCUUGCACCUUGGACAUUACCCUAAAUGUUUCAAAGAAGCGACAUGUAUUGUGAUUCCAAAACCGAAUAAGAAGUCAUACCGAGAAGCGAGUAGUUAUCGCCCGAUCUCACUACUCAACCAUCUUUCGAAGUUGAUUGAAACUGUCAUAACAAAGAGACUUCAAUAUGAAUUAGAUACCAGAAAGUUAAUCCCAAGUACGCAC